GGGAUAUUCAGAUUAGAUCGUUUGUUUUUUUUUCUGUCAGCCCAUCAAACAAUUCCUAUGCUGAGAGGUGUCAAAGUUCUGAGACACACACCAUAUAUGCUAAUGAAUCAGUGACAUCACCGGAUGAGACACUGCAUAAUUACUUCUUCUUACAAUCGAUACUAUCCCUGGAGCCAAAUUGUAGACCUUAUCCCAAGGGGUGCCUAUCCGAGCUCUCAUCCUGCCUUUUAGCUACCAGUCGCUACAUCAACAACUGAACCACCACAGCCCGUCCUUCAUAGCGCACUCAGCAGAGCAAAUACCAAAAGACAAACACAAUGGCCACCACAAAGACAACCUUCCCUCCCCUCCCCAAAACCCUCCUCAUCAUCUCCCUCAAAAUGUACUUCACCCCCGACCGCACCCUCUCCUACCUGCGCGACCUCCUAGCCCCACCAACAAAAUCACUCCUCCUCGCCCUCGUCCCCGAUUUUCUAACGAUCUACCCCUGCGCCCAGAUAAUCAAGGACUGGGCCGCUGGCUUCAAACUCCCCUCCGACUUCGACCCCGAACCCCCUUUCCUCCUCGGCGCCCAGGACUGCUUCUGGGAGGCCGCAGGCGCCUACACAGGCGAGGUCUCCCCCGCCUCGCUGCACUCGCUGGGGGUGAGGCUAGUUGAGCUCGGCCACGCGGAGCGCCGCGCUCUCUUCGGCGAGACGGACGAGCAGGUAGCGCGCAAGGCGGCGGCUGCUGUUGCGCACGGCCUGAUCCCCCUUGUUUGUAUUGGGGAGGUUACGGCGCCGGGGGCGAUCGCGUCAGAGGCGGUGGGGCUGGCGGUGCGCGCGGUGCUGGGUGCGAUUCCCUCCGCGGCGCCGGUUAUCUUCGCGUAUGAGCCUGUUUGGGCGAUUGGGAAGGCGAACCCUGCUGGGGUGGACCAUGUUGCGGCUGUGGUGGAGGGGAUACGGGCGGUGAUUGGGGAGCGGGAGGGACAGGUGAGGGCGGUUGAUGGGAUGUUUCUGGGGAGGUUUGCGCAUGAGAUUGAGGGUGUCAAAAAGGUGGUCCAGGAGGUGGAGCAGACGUUGUCAGAGCAAUAGUGGGGACUCACUAGCUAGGGGUUUUAUGUGAAGAGAUUUGAAGGAUGAAAAAUAAUGAUCAUUGGCAACGCUGACUAUUUACAAUAAUUGAACGGGCUAUAUCCAACUCCACAUUCUAUUGACG